AUGUGGCGGUGGAUCUUCGAUGAUUUGGGCAUCGCGGGCUUCCUUCAACUACGUGCGGAGUGUUCAGAAACGAGAAGGGGCAGUGAUCUCAACAGGCUCCGAGAGCCUGGAACCGGCUCUGUCGGAGAAGUAUAUACCGGCUCCGUCGGAGAAAAGGAGACGGGCCGCCACACCAGAAAGUUUCACGGGGACGUGCCGAGCAACGCGGGGCGCCCAUGCCGCACCCGCAGCCGCAUGGCAGAGGAAGGCCUGCAUGAGCUGCAGAUCCGCGCAGCGGAGCAGGAGCUGCUCGCAGGACGCUGCAAGCGAGCGGCUUUGCAGCGGGAGGUGCUGCGGCUGUCCAGGGAGGCAGCGGGUGCGCAGUGGAGGGAGUGCCACUUGUCCUCCGAGUUGCGCCGCCUGGGGGGACAGGAGGCCGCCCGCAGCCAGCGAUUAGAGUCCCUGCUCCGGAACCUCAGGCGCCAGGCCGAAGCCACGCAGCAGGAAUGCGAGGAGCGGCUGCGGGGCGAGCGGGCGGCGCAGUCUGCAGCAGAGAGCGCAGCAGCAGGUGAGGAGAAGCGUUUGCAGCAGCAGUUUGCCAGUGAGCUUUCCCAGUACCAGGCCACCAUGCAGGCCGGCUGCCGGCGCGCGCAGGAGCAGACCUCUGGCCUAGUGGAGGCCCAAAUUCAGGAAGUCCAGCAGAAGUCUGAGCUCCAGGUGGCGCAGUUGGCUCAGUCGCUCCACGCCGCGCUGGCGGACGCAGGCCGCGAAGUGGCCGAAAGCCGGGCGCGAGGGCUGGGCGAGCUUGCGCAGCUGCGGUCCAGGCUGGCUUCUGCCAAAGCCGCCCUGGAGGAAGCACGUUGUGAGCAGCUGCAGGCGCAGAAGGAGCAAGACUGGCUCGAGGGCCAAUCGAAGGCGCUCCGGGAGACCCAGGGGGAGCUGCGGCUGGAGGAGCUGAAGUUGUUGGACGCCCUGCCGCGGCUGCAGUGUGAGCUGACUCGUCAGGAGGCGCAGCGUGAGGCCGCCGAGCGCAGCCGGGCUCAGGCUGCCACGAGAGCAGUCUUCGAAAAGCUGCGCUUGUACGAGGAGUUGCGGGCCGAGCAUUUGACUGCAGCUCAGGAGCUGGCCGCCUCAGUGGAACCAGCGCUAAGCGCCGUGCUCAUGCUGGAGGCGCCAGUGCCUUGCGGCAUCGGAGGCGCCGGCUAUCCCAGUCAGGCAAGCGAUGAUGUGGACCGCCUGCUGUUUUCUGGGGAUGAGGGCAUGCUCUCACUGCCGCCGACCCCCCCGGACAUCUCGCCCCUGGGCACGGGAGAGCUGCCAGGCGAGUUGGCGGCCGCAGCCCGGUCCAAGCCGCGGUAA